CGUUUGGUGUUCAAAGAACGAACGCUCUUGUUCGUUAGUUUCUUUUGAAUUAAUGUCAAAUAUUUGCUUAUGUAUACAUAAGUCUACAAAAACAAAACCAUAUUUAUGUAUAUGUAUUUUGUUUCGGAUGUUAUAAUAAUAAUUGUGUGAUUAUAGUCCUGAAAAACGUAUGGGGCAAAAUAGUAGUGAUGUAUAGCAGCAGAAAGGGUCAACUCCCAAGAGAUAAAUAAAAAAAAAACUCGAUUGUUAAAAGCAAGUGGAAGAAAAUCUGUGUGCAGAUUGCGGAAUAAUUUGAUUCGGUUUUCUUUUCUAUCUAUCCAGGAUAAUUGAAUUUUGUUUUAAUAUAAAAAAAAUUACCCGGAAAUAAAUGGCUUUUGUUAUGCAAUGUGGUUUAAAAUAGUGAAUAUAAUAAAUUAAUUAGUUCAGUGUUGGUGAAUUACUUAGCAGCAAAACUAAAUGAUUUAUUGAUUAAGUUUGUAUUUUGCUUUAGCAUCUCAUUGACAUAUUUAUCUUAAAUUUAUAUACCUACUACCAACAAAACUGGGGUAGGUACAUAGAUUUGGAGAGUAUAAAAUUAAAAUGGUGAAAACAUUCUCCUUAAAAAAAUCAUGAACAACAAUCAACACAUUAAAGCUGCAUAUGGCGACUUGCUGCAGACCCAUUAUGGAAAAUAACUCCAACAACACAGUUGAUGGCUUGAAACAAAGGGAAGCCAACAAUACCUUCGCAUGUCAAACAAUCAUAAAAGCAAUGUUAAUAUGGAAAUUCCACGGAGAAUCUACGAUGGAAUAAAUACAAAGUUUCAACUUCUUUAAAGCUGAAUAGGGCAUAAUCCAAACAAACGAAUAAACAAAUACAUAUGUACACAUGGGUCCAGGUGAAGGUGUUUAGAGAUAAUUUGACUUAAACUACUCGUAUAUUACCAAACGCCACCGCCACCGUCGACAUGGCUGAAAGUUUCUCAUCAACAACUCAUCCGCAUCCUGACCAUGAUGAAAUUAUCACUGAUUCACCUUCAUCACAACGGUUGGGUCGUCAUCUCAGCAAAUCAGCAUCAGAACUGAAUGGGCACGACUGUUCCAUUGAUUCACCUAAUACGUCACCGAAACGUGCCAAAAGUGCUGCCAGUCCUUCGGUUGCUGGUGUAUUCCAAAAAACCCAUGGAUUCCUCAAUAGUCUAAAACAUCGUUGGGGAAGAGCGCGAAGCAAAGAGAAAAUAGGACGUAGAUCACCAAACGAUUUGCUCGAACAAGAGAGCACAGAUUAUGCAGCAGAUUAUAGUUCGGAAGGAAGUUCUGCAACACAUAGUCCACGACAUAGAGCACGAACUAUUGAAGGCUCACCACUUGCUCGAGAACUAAAAGCUAGUGCCAAUAUAGCAGUAGAUAAUCGUUUACGAUUUGGUGGUUCAAUGGAAGGCCGAAUUGACGAGGACACUGAAAUGGGGGAUAAGAUAAGUCAGGAUCAGCUUCAAAUGCUUCAGAUGGAAGAACAACGUCGAAGGAAAGAAGCUAUUUUGCGGCAGUAUGUUUUCUUUCAACUUCGUGUUCAUUUAAAAAGUGGAAGUGACCUAGUUGCCAUGGAUAAAAAUGGUCUAAGUGAUCCUUAUGUAAAAUUUAAAGUGGCAGGACGACUAUUACUUAAGUCUCGCACUAUUCACCGUGACCUUAAUCCAAUCUGGGAUGAAGUGUUUGUCGUACCAAUUGAAGACCCAUUCCAACCUGUUACCAUCAAGGUAUUCGAUUACGAUUGGGGUUUGCAGGAUGAUUUUAUGGGAGCGGCCAAAUUAGAUUUAACACAGCUAGAGCUAGGAAAAGCGGAAGAAAUGACUGUGAAACUGGUGGAUUCAACCCGCCCCGAACGGGAGAUGGGAGAAAUUCAAAUCAAUUUAACACUCUGGCCAAGAAGUCAAGAGGAUAAGGAAGUGCAUUUCCAGAGAAAUUCAAAACUAGCAGAGUCCUCAAAACGUCUAAAGUCACAAAUCUGGAGUUCGGUUGUAACUAUUUUGCUGGUCAAAGCUAAGGACUUGCCGUUUUCAGAAGACGGCACAAAGUUAAAUGACGCACACAUUAAGUUCAGGUUAGGUAAUGAAAAGUACAAAAGUAAAUCUUCAUGGACUGAACGAUGGCUAGAACAAUUUGAUCUUCAUCUUUUCGAUGAAGAUCAACUCCUUGAACUUACACUUUGGAAUCGAAAUAAUCUGUAUGGCAAAUCCACAAUUGAUUUGAGUGCAUUUCCUCGAGAAACAACUCACGGCAUUUGGAAGCCAUUUGAAGAUUGUCCUGGAGAAGUAUUUCUUAUGUUAACUAUCAGUGGUACUACAGCACUCGAAACAAUUAGUGAUCUCAAGGUUUAUAAGGAAGAUCCUAGAGAAACGCGUGUUCUGCAUGAUCGAUAUUGUUGGCAUCGAUGCUUUCAAAAUCUUCGAGAUGUUGGACAUUUGACAGUCAAAGUUUAUGGAGCAACAGGAUUGGCGGCAGCUGAUAUUGGUGGAAAAUCAGAUCCUUUUUGUGUGUUAGAAUUGGGAAAUGCAAGGCUACAGACACAAACUGAAUACAAGACUUUGACACCGAAUUGGAAUAAAAUAUUCACAUUUAAUGUCAAAGAUAUAACAAAUGUGCUAGAACUGACUGUAUUUGAUGAAGAUCGUGACCAUAGGGUUGAAUUUUUGGGGAAACUUGCAAUUCCACUAAUGCGAAUCAAAAGUGGUGUCAAAAGAUGGUACACACUCAAGGAUAAAAAUCUUUGUUCGCGAGCAAAAGGCAUAUCACCACAGAUUCUUCUUGAAAUGACAGUUGUAUGGAAUCCUGUUCGAGCAAUCUGUCGCAUAUUGCAGCCCAAAGAAGAAAAGCUUAUUCAACAAGAAGCAAAAUUCAAACGGCAGCUAUUUUUGCGAAAUGUUAACCGUCUUAAAGUAAUAAUUAUGGAUAUACUAGAUGCCGCAAGAUAUGUUCAAAGUUGCUUUGAAUGGGAAUCACCAAUACGUUCAAUUAUUGCGUUUAUCUUUUGGAUUUUGGCGUGUGUCUAUGGAAAUUUAGAGACAAUUCCAUUGGUGUUACUUUUGAUUAUGCUCAAAAAAUGGUUCAUACGAUGGAUAACAGGAACAUCAUCGGACUCAUCUAAUAACUACGUUUACGAUUACGACGAAGACGAUGACGAUGACAAAGAAAAAGAAGAAAAAAAAUCUAUCAAAGAAAGACUACAAGCUAUUCAAGAAGUCUCACAAUCAGUGCAAAACACUAUUGGCUAUUUGGCUUCCUUAGGUGAAAGUACGAAAAACACUUUUAAUUUUUCCGUCCCUGAACUUACCUGGUUGGCUGCUGUUUUGCUUAUAGGCGCUAUUUUAGUUUUACAUUUUAUACCAAUUAGAAUAAUUUUAUUUUUUUGGGGUGUAAUGAAGUUCUCUAGGCGUAUCCUGCGACCAAAUACAAUACCCAAUAAUGAAGUGUUGGACUUUUUGUCAAGAGUUCCAGAUGAUGAAGAAAUUAAUCAAUUUCGUGAGCUGCCACCAUGUUCGCAAAAUGAUGCGAUGCGAUCAAAUCAGAAAAAAAAGAUGAAAUCUUCAUAGUCCAUAAGCAUGGAUAAGCCAGUUUGCAGCAGUUCCGAUAUUGUUCCAGCUGCAGUACCUCAACAUGUUGUAAAUAUUUCGUAUCGUUCCAUUAAGACCGCUUCAUCUUAUUUAAAAUCAGGGAAAAAUACUAUAAAAAAUGCUGCAAAAAAGAAACUUAUAGGGGCUUUCAAAAGCGAGGAUUUUGCUGAGAUGGAAAAAAAUGAUUGAGAAAUUAACAAAGCCUCUUAAGCUUAAACUAAGCGAUUUAAGGGAUAAAUUUUAAAGUUUAUUAUAAAGUUGUAUUUGUUCCUGUAAUAGUUUAGAAUUUAAUUAAAUAAAUUACGACAGCGGCGUGACGUAAAACUUUAAGGCCAUAGGUUAGGUUACAUAUAAAAAAUUAUCUACACAAAAUACUUACAUAUGCAUUUGCUCGAACGCACAUAGAAUGAAUAAUGCAUCCAUACGUCCAAACUUAAGACCAUAUGACACUUUAUUUUGUACCAUUUUGUUUUUGUUUCAUUCAAAAUGAAACCACAAGAGCACACGGAAAAAUUUGUAUUAUUGAAAUUCCUAUUAAGACUUAAUUUAAUCCGCCAAGGGCAUCUCUAUUUCUUACAUUUUGUUCCUUAUCGAAAAUACACGAACAACGGGACGAAAAUAUUGUUUUAGUGGAAAUAAAUACAGAUAAAGCUAAUUUUUUGACAUUUUAAAAGCAUUUAAAUGAAGAAUAUAUAAAGUGUCAUAGGGGACUUAAGUAUACAUUACAGAAGGCUGUCAGCUUGAAAAUCAUGAAUAAAUAUUUUUUACUAAGGUUUUAUUUC